AUGGCUCCCAUUGACUUCUUCACGAAUUUGAAAAAUACUUAUUUUAAUCAUGCAGAAAAGGACAAGCCUGCCAUCUCGACCACCACUGCGGCCCUCCUUUCGGUCACGUUCACACUUGCUUAUGUGGUUCCGUUCUACUUGUCUGCCACCACACGUCCCUCGCCGACCUUGAACCGUGAUGCUCCUUCCGUGAUCCGUGCACGGAUUCGCACGGUCACAUUAGCUUGCAUCACCGCCUCUGCAGCGGCCCUCUACAUACUGACCAGAACAGCGAAGCUCACACCUGUUGACGCACUGCAUAUGCUGGGCUGGUGGCCAAUUCUCCCCUUCGACGUUCUGCGAGUCGUGGCACUGACUUUGCUGCUUUACAUCGGGCCACUUUUUGAGAAAAUCUUUGUCGAGCGGACCCUGGACGACCUGCGUCAUGGCGGUUUACGGGCGGUGGUAGAAUCAUUAAGCAGCUGGCAAGGCUACAGAAACUACGUUGCUGGCCCGAUCACCGAGGAGAUCAUCUUCCGCUCCGUCCUCAUACCAAUACAUUUGGUCGCUAAAGUCUCGCCAUCCAAGAUCGUGUUCCUGACACCACUUUACUUCGGUAUUGCUCAUGUACACCACUGCUACGAGUUCAUUCUGACCCACCCGCACGCUCCAAUCCUACACGCCGUGCUCCGGACACUUUUUCAACUCACCUACACAACAAUGUUUGGGUGGUUCGCCGCAUGGAUCUACGUGCGCACCGGCUCCUUAUAUGCGUGUGUCAUCAUCCACGCAUUUUGCAACUGGGUUGGUCUUCCGCGGUUCUGGGGCCGGGUCAGCAGAAGGGAGGAGUAUCCUCUUUCGCCAGUAGCUAUCCGUGGCAAGGACGAUAGAGAUCUUGUUCAGGCGCAAGGGCAUGGCAAGAAGUUGCAUAUGAGGUGGACUGUGGCCUAUUACGUGCUCUUGGUGACUGGCGCAUACCUGUUCUAUCGAGAAUUCUGGCCACUGACAGUCUCUGAAGCGGCCUUGGCGGAGUUUGCUCGCAAGAAAGCGAAGUAG